AUGAGAAAAGCCUGGCGAGCCGUCAAGAUAUACACCGCGGACCAAUCCUCGGACGACUGUGCGGAUGCGAUGGUGGCCGGUCUCUUCAGGAGUAAAGGCGGGGAAAGCGACUUGAAGCUCCAAGCCAGUUGUCGGAGUAUCACGGUGCCCCUAGAUACAUUUUGUCGCGAUUCCCCAAACGGCAGGCAUUUCUGCUCCGUGCAACCUGUCCUCGGACCACGGCUUUCCGACUGGCGUUCAGAAAUCGGCACGGACUCGGCUCGAGUCAACGACCUAUGCCGCCAAAUGGUCGAGGGACUCCGGGAUCUGCACCAGAUGGGGAUAUGCCACAACGAUUUCAGACGGCAGAACAUCCUGAUGAAACUACAGCCCGGGUGUCUGAAUGACAUCAGCGAAGAAGACAUGAGGCAUUCGCCUCGGUGA